AUGGGAAACAACGCAUCAAGACGUUUGAUGGCAGAAAAAAAGUUACGAAAAAAGAAAAAUUGUGGUAGUAUUACUUCUACUUCGAAUAUUUAUAUUCCUAAAGAAUCAGAUAUCAGUCGAAGUAUUGCUCAUAAUAUUGCCAUGAAUAAAUUGUUUGGGUGCGCAUACUCGUCGCCCAUAGAAGAAUUUUUAACAAUGACUGGAAAAAUUUUGGAUGUUGGAUGCGGAUCUGGAACAUGGCUAAUUGAGAUGGCACAUAUGUAUCCAAAACCUGAAUACUUUGGCAUAGAUUUAAAUCCUUGUUCAACUAUACCUUAUCCAUCCAACAUAAAAAUAACAAAAGGUAAUUUAUUAAAUUUACCUUACGACGAGAGUCAAUUUGAUUUUGUGAGGAUGUCCGAUUUCGUGUCGGAAUUCACAGAUAACGAAUGGGAACAAAGUAUCGCCGAGAUGAUAAGAGUAACAAAACCUGGAGGUUGGAUAGAAUUUUGUGAGGCGGACCUUACAUCACCGGAGAAUGCUCCUACUUUUUCUAAAUUUCUUAAAAGUUUUUUAGAAUGUCUAGUAUUACGAGGUGUUAAUGGUGCAAUUAAUACAAAACUUGAAUACUUACUUUAUACAACAAAACAAGUGGACGAUAUUCAAUGCGCCGUUAAAUCCGUAAUUUUCGGGAAAAAAGGUGGAUUUAUUGGUACUACUACAUUUGAUAAUUUUGCCAGUUGGUUUAAUGAUGUUUGUAUUGAAAUGGUGGCUGACCAUAUGGGAAUAACAUAUGAUGAAUAUAAAAAGUUGUGGGCUAUUGUAGAAAAUGAAACGAUAAUAGAUAGCGUCGAGACGAAAUUUUAUAGAUUUUGGGCACAAAAAAAGAGAGAUCGUUUUGAAUAA